AUGUACUUGUGCUGCUGCGUCCCUGAACCCCUCCUCUGCCAAGUCAUCACCCUCUAUGGCCGCAACCGCCUCCCCUCCUCCGCCAUCCGCACCUUCCUCUCCCUCGGUUCGUUCCGCUGCACGCCAACUGUCAAGUCCUUCAACUCCCUCCUCAAUGCCCUCCUCGCCUCCCGCGAUUUCCAGAAUUUCUCAGAAUUCGCGUCACGAGUAAUGGAAUUCACGCAGCCAGAUACUUGCACGUUCAACAUUCUGAUCAAUGCAUGGUGCUUGAGAGGCAACAUUGAUUGUGCAUGGAAGGUGUUUGAUGAAAUGCGUGGCCGUGGUGUUCCGCCCAGCGAGGUUACUUUCAGGACUUUGAUUAAUGGUCUUUGCAAAAGCAUGCGGCUGCAAGAGGCGCUGAAGUUGAAGGAGGUUAUGAUAAAGGAUCAUAAGUUGAAGCCUAAUGUUAACGUGUACACCACACUGAUCAAAGGUGGUUGUGUGGUUGGGGAGAUGGAUAGAGCCUUUAGGAUCAAGGAUGAGAUGGUGAGAAACAAUGUGAAGUUGGAUGCUGCUGUUUAUAACACACUGAUGGACGCUCUUUUCAAGGCCGGGAGGAAGGAUGAGGGGUGGCAGAUUUUGGAUGAGAUGAACAAGAGUGGCUGCAAACCUGACUUGGUGACUUACAAUGUGAUGAUUGCAGAGUUUUGCAGGGAGAAGAAUUUCGAAGAAGUGUUUAGGAUUUUGGAUGGGAUGGAAGGUGGUGGUGUGAAGCCUGAUGUUGUGAUCUACAAUGUGAUUAUUGGUUGGCUGUGUAAGACAGGGAAAUGUAAUGAAGCGAAUGAUUUGUUUCAAGAUAUGCCAAGGCGAGGAUGCACUCCGGAUGUUGUGACUUAUCGCACCCUUUUUGAUGGUCUAUGUGGAUGGAUGCAUUUGAGUGAAGCUGCAUUGAUUUUGGACGAGAUGUUGUUCAAAGGCUAUGAUCCUCUUUCUAGGAGUUUGAACAGAUUUAUAGAUGGGAUGUGCAGCGAAGGGAAUUUUGAGUUGCUGUGGACAGUUUUGAGUAGUCUGAGUAGAAAGGAAGAUAUUUUGAAUGAGGACAUAUGGAAAGUUGUGGUCUCCAUGGUUUUCAAUCCAAAGGAGCUGCAAGAAAACUUUGACUUUGAGCUUUUGGAUACAUUGGUUGUGCAAUAUCAAACAUGAAUUUAUUUUACAAUUUGCACCCUCUGCAUGAAACAACAUGGAAUUGCCUUAUGCUACAAUUGGUGGUGUUAUAGCUUUGCCACUAAUCCUUUAAGGAAGAUCAUUGUCAAGGUUAUUUUGCACCCAAGUUAUCAGAACCUGGGAAACAAUAAUGCCUUUGGUUGAUUUGCCAUUGGUAUUGCUAGGAAAGCAAAUUUGGAGAAGUCAGACUUGGAACCAGCUUUGAAAGCUCUGAAGGAUAGGCUGAUGACCCAGAAUAUGGAUGAGGAAAUAGCUGAGAAACUAUGUGAAUCAGUAGCAGCAAGUCUUGAAGGCAAGAAGCUAGCUUCAUUAACAAGGAUAUCUUCAACAGGGCAUAUACGAUCCCAAUCGCUCCCUUAAUUCUGGCUUUUCCUUUAAAUUAUUAUAAGGCAUGUGCUGAUGCUGUGGUUCAAAAAUCAAUACGGGCAACAAUGGAAGAAGCCCUUGUGCGUAUUUUAACCCUUAGGUGCUCUAUUGACAUAUUGAGGGAUGUGCAUGCUGCCAAGGAGCAAAGGAAACUAUAUGUUGCUGAAUUUAUUGGAGUUAAUGGUGUUGGAGAAUCUACUAAUCUUGAUCAGGCGUUGUAAUUAUUCUAUAAUUAGUACAUAUUUGUUUAUAUUAAGACAGAUUUGAUGCA